AUGAAGUGUGAGCACUGCACGCGGAAGGAAUGUAGUAAAAAAACAAAAACCGAUGACCAAGAGAAUGCAUCAGUCGAUGUACCAAGUCCAGCCCAGGAGAAUGGAGAGAAGGGAGAAUUCCAUAAAUUGGCUGAUGCCAAGAUAUUUCUGAGUGACUGCCUGGCCUGUGACAGCUGUGUGUCUGCGGAGGAAGGAAUCCAGGUUUCCCAGCAGAACGCCAAGGACUUCUUCCAAGUUCUGAACCUUAACAAGAAAUGUGAUACCUCAAAGCACAAGGUGCUGGCAGUGUCAGUGUGUCCUCAGUCUUUGCCUUAUUUUGCUGCUAAAUUCAGCCUCAGUGUGACUGAUGCAUCCAGAAGGCUCUGUGGUUUCCUCAAAAGUCUUGGGGUGCAUUAUGUCUUCGAUACAACCAUCGCUGCAGAUUUCAGCAUCCUGGAGAGUCAGAAAGAGUUUGUGCGUCGAUUCCGCCAGCACAAUGAGGAAGAGCCCGCGUUACCUAUGCUGACCUCUGCCUGUCCCGGCUGGGUCCGCUAUGCUGAGCGGGUGCUGGGUCACCCUGUCACCCCCCACCUCUGCACUGCCAAGUCUCCCCAGCAGAUCAUGGGGUCCCUGGUGAAGGACUACUUUGCCAGACGGCAGAACCUGUCCCCAGACAAGAUUUUCCAUGUCAUCGUGGCACCGUGCUACGACAAGAAGCUGGAGGCCCUUCAGGAAGAUGUCCCCACGGCCUCUCGGGGUUCUCGUGGCACUGACUGCGUGCUGACCUCAGGUGAAAUAGCUCAGAUGAUGGAGCAGAGUGACGUCUUGGUGAGAGAUGCUGCCCUGGAUACUUUGUUUGGUGACGUGAAGGAGGAGGAGCUGAGGCGCCAUGAUGGAGCCGGCUCUGACGGGUACCUGGCACAUAUCUUCAGACAUGCGGCCAAGGAGCUGUUCAACGAGGACGUGGGGGAGGUCACCUACCGGGCCCUGAGGAACAAAGACUUCCAGGAGGUCACCCUUGAGAAGAGCGGAGAGGUCCUCUUGCGCUUUGCUGCAGCUUAUGGCUUUCGAAACAUCCAGAACGUGGUCCUAAAGCUGAAGAAGGGCAAGUUCCCGUACCACUUCGUGGAGGUUCUCGCCUGUGCUGGUGGAUGCCUUAAUGGCAGAGGCCAAGCCCAGACCGCAGAUGGGCGCACAGACAAGGCCUUGCUGCAGAAGAUGAAAGGCAUCUACGCUGACAUCCCCGUGCAGCUCCCAGAGGCCAGCACCCACGUGCAGGAGUUAUACCAGGAGUGGCUGGACGGCACCGACUCCCCCCGUGUCCAGGAAGCCCUGCACACUGCAUACCAGGGCCCAGGGCAGCCCACUGACAGCCGAGACAUCAAGUGGUGA